UGUGUUGCGCUGCGCAGCGCACGCAUCAGUAGCCUCUCAGCAGUACUCGCACGCGCAGCGGGCGUUCGCGCAAAAAUUGGCCGGUAGCUCGGCUGGCGAAAGCGACGAUAUUCGCCGAUCGGUUGGCAAGGCGGGAACAACCUACGUGUACCGCUCCGAGCGAUCUGCCUGUCGCUGGACAGUUUGUGCGCUUGUGCUCGUGGCCAAUUACUUGCAAUUAGAGUGAAUCGUUACCGACACCUUCUCCUUUUCCCGGAACAAGCAGAAGGAACGAGGCGCGAGCGCUGAUGCAAUUCACUGACUCGUCACUUGCUUAGCGCUUUGUACAGCGUAGCAAAAGCUGUCGAUCGCCUAGCAAAAUAAAGAGCCGCGAACGCUCGCUGCUAUUUAAAAAAAUAUGACAACCAAGCGGAUUCCUGAUGGGGCAAUUUUUCUUCGUUGCCGGACGUCAUCGCGUCGAGCAACAGCUCGACGGUGUAGAGUGGCGGGAGGGAGAAUGUAAUCGCUGGCAACACUCUGCGAUCUGGCAGCGAGUGUGUGCCGCUACUGUUCGCGCGUAGGAAGAAAGGGAGGAGGUCGCAUGUACAGUUCAGCGGAAACGAUGAAAGAGUAUACACACGUGCGGAAAAAAGAGAGUGAAAAGUGAGAGGCUCGCGCCUCGCCUCGAAUAUCCCCCGCGCAGCUGCACCCGACGUUGCUUUUUUUACAUGGUGCUAUAAGCAUUCAAGGCCACGUAUACGCGUAUAUACCAUCGUCCAAAACUACGGCGCACGCCGUCAGUGCCAAGGGGACGACGAAGAGACGCUCGGCUUGUGUAAUGUUUUACGAGCACGGGAUCGCGAUGCGAGUUUCGACGUGUGUGCGUGUGUGUCCGCGUGUGAAGUGAUUCGAUUUUAGUGCCUCGCUCGUGAUGCGACUUCCAAGGACGGCCUUAUCGACGACGACUACUUCCACGGCUCGAGGCGCAAUUUCAGUUUCGACGACGCAGCAGCAGCGCGCGCGCGCCAUUUCAAAGCAGCUCCGAAAAUAAACGGCGACGAGCAGCGAAGGUGGCGAUCCGUCGAGAGACGCUAAUCCUGCGACGACAACGGGGAAUAGAAACACAGCAGAUAUCUCCGACCAAUUCGUCGGGCUGUCCGCGCGCGAGCGGCAAUGUGGGGGCCGUAGGUCGCCCGCGGUCGCGCCAAGUAGUCGUGGGAAAGAGGACCAUGCCGUUGGCCAAGUGCUGUGGAGUCGCCGAUGCCUGCGCAGGUAAUAAGCCCGAAGCGGCUUAUCAGCCGUUGCACCAGCAACUAACGCUACCGCCGCCGACCAGGACCAUGGCUUACUACGGCUCCAGCAGUCUUCGAAUGUCAAGGGAGGGUCAUCCUCGUACGCCGCGCGACCACGUGCGAAAAUUGAGUGCCAGAUACGAUGUCGUCAGACCGGCUGGCAGGGAAAGCGAGCAGCUGCAGUCGCAUCGCCAUCUGCCGGUGAGCCUGCGCAACUCAGUGCAGUUCAGCACUCAGCAGCACCAGCAGACGCAGCACCAGCAGCAGCAGCAGCAGCAGCAGCAGCAGCACAAUCACCCCCACAGACAUGAACCGGCGGUGGUCUUGUGCUAUUGCCAGCCACCCCCGACCAUCAACAACUGCCAGACUGUGUCGCGCGGCUGCGCCCUGCAUCCACGGCUUGACCAGCCGGUGACCAAUUCAACCUCUUCAAUGGACAGUAAAAAGAUUGUCCAAAUGUCGGGGCCGAUAACGACAACGGCGGCCCCGCAGCAGCCGCAACACCAGCAAGUGUCGCAGCAACCAGCGGCGAAAACUAAAGAGUCGGGAACCCCAUCGAUAUCGGGGGUUCGACGACGCAGCGCCCCGACUCAAGGCUUGAGAUCGCCCGCAGCCAAGAGGCCCGUGUCCGCACCCGUUGCCCUUCAAGGAUGGCUGCACAAGCAAGGCUCCGAAGGACUUAUGCUCUGGAAGAAACGAUGGUUCGUUCUGUCCGAGUACUGCCUCUUCUACUACAAAGGUCCGGAGGAGGAGAAGCUUCUGGGCUCGAUCCUGCUCCCGUCGUACCGCAUCACGGUGUGCAGGCCCGAGGACAAGAUCAACAAGAAGUUCGCCUUCAAAGCCGAGCACGCCAACAUGCGGACGUACCACUUUGCCGCCGACACUCGCGAGGCUAUGAACCAGUGGGUGAACGCCUUGACGCUCGCCUCGCUAUUGCAGGACCCCAAUCCGGGAGGAGGAGAAAUAGUGCUAGCAGGAGAAGGCGAAAACGGCGAACGAAGCGCACGACCGAGCGUCUCGUCGAUCUCGUCGACGAUGAACCAGAGCGCGGACGACAGCGACUCGGGUUUCCACGGUUUCCAAUCGCGCGACGAGCCAUCGAACAACAACUCCAGCCCGAACAGCGUGAACACAGGCUCGUUUCCCGGCAGCAGCGGCAACAGCAACAACAACAACGGCAACAACAAUGACACACAGCCGCAGCCCAUGGUCAACGGCUGGAUGCAGCACCACCAGCAACAUCAGCAGCCGCAGCCGCAACAGCAACAACCGUACAACCCGCAACAACAACCGGUCUUCUACCCACAACGACCGCGCAACUACGGCCAGCCGGUUUACGCCAAUGCGCCGCCCAAACCGCGAAGGAUGAGCGACAAUCCUUCGCCGUCGCCGGACGGGCGCUUGUCGAGCAAGAGUCCUCUGUCGAUGGAGUACGUGGACGCGAGAACGCCGAAUCCCGUUUACGGCGUGCAACGACUCACGUCCGCGCAGCAGCAGAAUCUCCGCACCGACAAAUCGGGCCUGAACUACGGAUUCGCGCAGCCGUCCGAAAGACGAACUCCCGACACUUACGGCAGGAGUAGCGCCAAGCCAAACGCCAGAAGGCAGGUGAACGGGGCCGACUACGAGGAUGUCUACGCCGCACCACCGCCGCAAUUGUAUCAGAGGCCAGCCGGUCCAGUCGGCUACACGAAAGGAUCCGCGCCCACGCCAAUUACCGUUCCCGUAUAUGCGCAGCAGCAGCAGCAGCAGCAACAGCCGCCACCGCCGCCAACAGCGGCAGCACAGGUGCACCCGCAGUACUACGUCGUUACGGGGCCUGUGACUAAUGCUGUAACGGUGAUGAGGCAACAGCAACAGCCGAAGUCACAGCAACCGCCAAGGCCCCACAGCGCUGACUUUUUAGAAUACGAGGCGACUCGGAGUCCACAAACGCUCACGCAGCCUGGCAAUAUACCCAACCAGACGAGAUGUCCGCAGCGACCAAAAUCUAGUCUGGAUAUCAUUAAUCCGUCGGACGUUGCCGUUGGUGACAAUUACUUCUACUCGGAAGAGAGGUAUGCUGCUCAAAUGCGCCAGAGCGCCGUCUAUUUCCAUCAAGCGCCACCUCAUCUUCAGCAAACUCAGCCUUCGCAGCAGCAACACCAGCAACAACUGCAACAGCAACAGCAACUAAGAAACCCGUCACUCUCGAGGGCUACCACGCCAUCCAAAUCGUCUGUGUCGCGCGAUACCGAAUCCGGCAUCGGUACGCUCUCGGAAAUGUCCUGCACAUCCGUACGAAGAUCGCAAAGGGAACAUCCGCAUCAGCCUCACUCGUUGCAGAGGCACACCGAGCGAACGACAGCAAGCGAAGCGGCCCACAUACGACGCUCGCUGCGCGAAUCUCGUAAUCCAGCGCUGAUUCACGGCGGCGGUGAUCAGUCGCCGGGCCGAUCACUUUCGCGCGAAUGCCAGCGCCGUUGGCCCGAGCAACAGCAGCAGCAACAGCAGCAACAGUUCGCCAGGUCUGCCAGUGCUCGGUUACCACGUAAUCGGCCGAUCAUCGAUUACGACGACGACGACGACGAGGACGACGAUGAUUACGCUGAGAAAUCAUCUGGACAAGAUUCGCGAGACGGCGAGCGCAAGAUUCAACAGCGCGAGGAGUCGAUGAAGCGGCUGCUGGAGUGGAAGCAGCGCAUGCUGCAGUCGCCGUUGACCCGCAAGCCCACGGCCGGCGCGUCGUCGAGCUCCUCGUCUCAGCGCACCAGCCAGCAGCAGCAGCACAAUGCCGAGCUGGCCAACUGCUACAAGCAGCAGGCACUCCUCGAGUUGGCCGCUCACGAAGCGGCCCUCGCCGAGCAAGUCCAUCGGCAUCGCAGACGCGAGGACGCUCAUCACCGGCCCCACCAUCCGCGCAGCAAGAGCACCGACGCCCGCAGGACCGGCAGCAGUGGCGUCGCCGCUCUGCCGCGUUACAACAGCUACAGCAGCGACGACGAAGAGCUGAGUGAUGUGAGGCGGAAGCGUACGCGCAGACCGACGGGCAGGAGUCCGCGGAGUUUCGAGAAGGAGCCACUUCCAGCAGCAACCUUACCGCCCGCAGGCAUCCUCAAGCAGCGAAGCGAUUUCGAAGCUCACGGUUACGAGGAGAUGAGCUUUCCACGACCUGCUUCCAAGAUGGAAGUCAAACCAACAAUUCAAGCGCAGCCGAAAAGCACAGCGCCGAAGAAACCCUCGGGAAUCUUGAAGACUCCCGGAGUGUACGCGACGAAUCAUCCAAGUACGAGAAACGAGGCCGGCAGGCUGAGCACGCUGGCCGGCUACAUACCUAGGGAAACGUGGCCGGUACAGAAAAACGUGCAAUGGGACUCGGUGAAAGACGACGAGCAGGAGGAGGAGGAAUGGGAGGAGAACAUCGACGAGAGCAAAGUUAUCAAGGAGUUCUCUUAUCAAUACAUCAAGCAAGAGGAACCGAAAGACGAACCGAAAACUAACGACCAAGUGAAUUUGGUGCAGAGUAGAAUCAGAUCGUUCGAGACCAGCAAUCCAAGUCCCGAGAAGGAAGCAACGAUCAUGCAAGAGCCCUUAAAGGUUUCUCUACCUCAGCCCGCUCCCGAAGCCUAUGUCUCUCGCAUUGCCGACUCGCCGAGGAAGGCGACGGCCACCGUGAUUCGCGAGUUCGCUCUGGGCGACCCGAAAGGUAGCAAGACCAGUAGCGAAGAGCAAAAGGAGGAGCUCGAGGAUGAAAUCGUAAAGCCCUCGGCCGACAGAAAUAAGUCGGUGAAAGAUCUGUUGGCGGACUUUGAGCGCAAGUCGCAACAGGUGCAUCGGCAGGAGCAAGAGAAGCAGCAGCAGUCGAAGCCAGCGCAGCGCGCCGUUUUCAGCGACACGGAAACGUUGCUCUAUGAGACAGGCAGCGAUCGAGACGAGGACACCCGCAUCGUGCCCAAAUACAAGGAACAAGACAAGAGCCAGAGUAACAUCGACAAGUCCAUCGAGGACUCGGUUAAUCCAGCUUUCGCGAGGCUCAGCGUUGCCGAGUCACUGGUCACCCACGGAGAUAGGCUCUCCGGCGAUAGCGACAACGCCAGUCCCACGAGAACCGAAGAUCCGAACGUGGAGGAGCAUUACUUGCCAAUGACCCCGAGGAAGUCCAUUCUCGACCCAAGCGCCGACGAGAGACCCAUGCCUAAGAUGAUGGAAAGUCUGUUUGCCGGCUUGAGAGAGGAGAGUUCUUACGUGGAAAUGACGCAGAAUGGUUUGACAAGGUCGCUCCUGGCGCCGGAAAAUUCCGAUUACUCGACCCUCGAGAAUCAGCACUAUGAAUUCGUGUGCGUGUCUGACAAUAAAAUGGAGCCCGUGUACAUGGAAGUCAGUCAACUGGCUGACAAGGAAGAGAACAGUCAGGCACUGAUGAGGAGUACCACUGCCAACAACAAUAACAACAACAACAACGAGGCUGCAGGAGAACCACCGCUGCUCAACUCUCGAGGCGACCUACCCGAUAUCCUCACUGCAUUGAAGUCCGACAGUUCGGAUGCAGACGACGAAUCUUCCAAAGAUCUUGAUUCGAUUGAUGCACCGCGGCACCCACGCUUCAGUUUGUCCGACACUUUCAGGCCUGCAUCGUAUUACUUAGGCACCAGUCAAACUCUCAUAGCUGAGUUACACGACUCGUCGGACAGCGAGCUCGUCUCUCCGCCACCGAUACCCACGUCGCCACCACCACUGGACGACCUAGACUCGUUGGAAAUGCACGACUCACUAGAAAUAAAGAAGCCUGACGCCCAGACUCGCGAUUCGCCGAAGACUUGGAACAAGCCUGCUGCUCAGGUGGAAGUACGUCGCUCACCUCUGAGCUUCCACGACAGUCGAAUGUCACUGGACAGCAGCGACUCGGUCGAGCUGCGCUCUCACGACGAUCAAGCGGUCAGGCAGUUAAAACGACGCCCGGUUAGCGACGACAUGUGCGAAGUACUCGACAGUUUGGACGAGUUAGAGUCACUUGGUAGUCGAUUUGACGGUGCCAGCAUCGACUUGGAUCAGUAUCUCGAAGAAUUGCAAGCGCGAGACGCGUUCAACGUCGAGAUGUAUGCCAAGGAUCUCAGCUACAACAGCAUCUACGGGCUCAAUGAAAACUUGCUCAACGUCGCCGACAAAUUGCAAAAAUCAGCCUACGCCGAGACGAAUAAAGCUGCGGGAAUGGUGGUCAACGAAACAACGUCGAGUAGAACUUCCCUCGAUCAGCCGUAUCGGUACGGAUCGAAGAGUAAAACAAGCUCCGCCAGCAGCUUGCCAUCGAUGCGAGUGAGCGAGAUACCACCGACGGCAAAUCACCAGCACUCGCAGUCGUUUACCGGCGACGCUCACUACGAAAAUAUAUCCAGGUUCUCGCCGGCGAUCGCGACUACAAGAUCCGAUAUCGAGAUAGCUCACCAUCAUCACGAGCACGGUUAUAGAAUGCCGAAGAGCGUGUCUUCUCCGCUCGCCAAUACCGUGGCCACGCACAGUCGAGACUCGAGUUACUCGUUCGUCUCUGGCACCGCCUCGGUAGCCAACUACUCGGCACAGAGGCCAGCGAGUGCUCAGUCGUCGCUAGUGCAUUCGCCGGUCGUCGCUACGGAGCAGCCGACGAGUACAUACAUCGAGCAGCGAACGCAGCAGCAGCAGCCACAGUAUCACUCGAGGUCCGCCAGUCAAGAUUCCGCGCGUUACUCACUCUCGCCCAAUCACCGAUCAUCCUCGAGUCAAGACUCCAGCCAGUAUCCAGUUUCAACGUCUGCUGUUGCACGUGCCAAUCCUCAGAGCGACCAGAGCGGCGCCCCUUACUAUUACUCGGAUCUCCCAGCGGCCAAUACAAUAUCGAUCGAAACUCGUCCCGAGCAUCAUCAUCAACACGCGAGGCCGAUAAUUGCACACACCUCGCGACUGCCGCAGUUGAACAACCAGCGCGGUGAUACUGCUGCCCUGAACAAGCGCAACGACAUCGGGAGAAUGGUUAAUCCGAUCGCUCGACAAAUGCCAAGGCAGAUUCAGGUGGACGACAUCGACGAAGCGAGAAAGAUUGCCGCCGAGUUGAGGAAAACGACGUGCCAGUUGCUGGCCGAGGACAAGGCAGGACUAGUCGACCGAAGAAAUUUCUACGAAGCGGACACGUUGAGGAGGGUCAAGUCGACCGAGCCAUUUGUCGAGCCUGCACCGAUCACGCCGAACGACCUCGCCGCGCGAAACCUAUACCCCCAUGGGUUGAGAGACAAGUCGGGUAGCCAAACGCAGCUUCAGUCGGACAACGCGUCGGGCGGCGAGUUUGCCAGCACUGCGACCACUUCUCACAGGAGAUCGAGGUCGCUGGAAGGUUUGCUCGACGACGCCGGUCUCCAAACUCUGGUGGAACAGAGAAAUCGAGCAAACAGACAACAAGCCGUGGUGGCCGCACAGCAAGCUCGACCGCAGCAGGAGCCGCCGAUCGUUAAUUCCGAACCCGCGGCAAACGCGACCAAUGAGUCGAACAAUGCUUUCGGAGGCGAGGAUCCCUGGGAGCAAGAUAGCCUGUGGCGCGAGAGCCUCAGAAGGGUGAGCCUGCGCCACGCGAGGUCGCUCGACAACCUCGACAGUCCGUCGAGCAGUCCAAGAACCACACCGACGACCGAGUCGUGUCGCGCCCGAACGAAGAUAACUCGCGGAGUGACGUACGUGAACGACAGCGUGGCGAACUCGGCGGAGAGGCCGAGGGUAAAGCGGCGCAGUGACGAGACGACGAUGAGCAACGGCACCAUCGCGCCAAGCGACGGCAACGGUAAGGACGGCUCGGCGAUGAGAGCGCAAGACAACGAGGACGACGCCUACGAGAGCUUGGCUAUGGACCGCAUAGGUGCGGGCGGCUACAUCUGGGACCCGGAGAACGAGGCGUACCGUAAGCCCGAGCAUUUUUUAGCGGAAGGCAACCCUGCCCCGGCAGCGGCAGCGACGGCAGUGGCGGCAGCAACGGCGACAAGCAGCAACAGCUUCGAGCUGGAUCGCGAGAAGCUGCGCCAGUGGGAUCUGCUGUCGAGCGCCUGCUUGCUGCAGGAGCAGCCGGGGCGAGGGUUGCCAGCUACUACAGCUGCGGCGCCGCCGGUGGCAUCACUCGCAACAGCUUCGUCAGCAGCAGCUACAGGCUGCGCGAGCGCCGUAGGCGCUUCACACAGGGCAAAGACGAUGACGACGACGCAGCAGCAGCAGCAGCCGCCGCCGCCGCCGCAGCCGCUGGAAGCCAAGCUCGCGCGCGCUAGCAAUGGCCCAGGUGAGUGGCUCUACCACUGCGCUACUACUGGUGCUGGCCUCGCGUACAGGAAGUGAGAGAUUCGGCAGACGCCCAGAUACAAAGAACGUCCAACGUCUUUCCGACUGUGCAUAUCGCUAUUCCGCGCUGCUGCGGCAUUGCUUCUUCUUACCCACCUCUCGAUCCUCCUUCCUGGGCCAAAGGUUGGCUUUUGUUUUUCGACGCCCACAAGAAGACACACAGCUAUAAGAGAGACACUACCAAAGUACCUGCCAGCGAAUCGGAGCUUUCGUUGCCUUUAUUCUUCUCUUCUUCUAGUUAGUACGUACUCUCGAACAGUUUUUGUGCACGCAUGUGUGCGGACGUGUGAUCAUUGUUUGUAAAUAAUUAAGCAGUAAUGAGACGUUCGUUAUCUCAUUGAAACGUAUUCUAUUGAUACUUAUGUACGCGGAAAGCAAUAUAAUACUCGUCCAAGCACGAAUAUUAAAUGUGUAUAAUUAAUUUUUUGAUAUACUAACAUUUAUUAGGUCCUAGAAAUUGAUUUAAUUUUUCAUUCGUUUAGUUUACAAUUUAAAUUAAAGUGCUGUGUGGUUAUGAAAAAAACUGUUGUACGACUCGUCAUAUAAUCUCGCGCACAAACAACCUUCUGUACCAGUUCGUCAUUUGAUGAUUUGUUUACGGCGAUUAAUACGACCAAUCUACUAACAAGGCUAUAAACGUUUCUGUUUUAUCUUUUUUGUUAUUACAGAUAACGCGUAUUUUCCAACUUGCAACGAGUCUGUUAUUUUAUAUACAAUAUCUUGAAUAAUGUCUCUCAUUCUAUUCCUUCCUAAAUUUAAUAUCCCGUAGUUGUUACUCCUCUUUAUCGCUUUUUCUGUAUCUGUUCAUUUAUAACAAUUGCCGACAUAAAUAAAAUAAACAAAAGAAAACAGUGUUGCGAGUUGGAAAGACGAUGAUGAUCUGAGUAUCGUAUAUUGGUGUGAUCGUAUGUGUGCGUGAAGCGUAAAUCUACGAGAUUUCUCUCGUAACUGUAUUUAAUAGAUGAAAUUAUUGACAGAGAAAAUCUCACAAUAGUUAUCCCACUUGUACAACAAAAAAAAACCAGUUAGUUCUAUUAGUUACAGCAAAUUAAAAUCAUGCCUUGCUUAUUACAAACAGUUAUAAAAAGCGCCAGCAAGCCAAUAAUUAUAAUUACACGAGAACAGAUUUUUUCUGUGUUUACUUUUGCCUAACGACGACUGAUUACAUCAAGAUGCAAGCGGAAGCAAUAAAGCUCUUUUCCGGUGAGGCGAGCGCGGUUACUACACGCACCACCUUGAAGAAUUUUAAACUGACUGACACGCGGCAAAGCGAUAACAAUUGAAUCCCCGUCUACUUUAUUUAAUCGUACUGAUAAUGGAAAACCACGCGCAAUAACCGUCAGAUGGUUUAGACAUUUGAAAAGCCGAAAAGCGUAGUGCGAUUUCUCCUUGGCGGUUCAAUGGUUUUGUGCCUUGACUGUUACUGAAUCGUUCUGUGGACAAAAUCGAUUUAUAAAAGCAUUUAUUAGAAUGGAAAGUUUGAAGACACAAAUUAUGUGUAUUCAACAUUUCAUGAGAUGCUGUUAUUGUACUUAUGAUUAUGUGUAACAUUGGUAAGAAAGCAGUUAUUUUAUAUUUAAAUUUAUAAAAGAAAAGUAUACGAGUAGAGGAGACUUAUAGAAAUAUACCUAUGUUAGAACUGAAACGAGGAUAUAAAAUUUAUCGAGUUAUCGUUUAUGGAAGUUUGUUGGAAUGAUGUUGUACCGAAAUAGUUUUGCAAUGAUUAAAUUUGCUUUUUGUACAGUUUGACAUGUAGAGAUUGUAUAGUAGUAUCAGUUCCUAAUUUAAUGCACUCUAAACUAGACUAGACAAUACGUACUUUCUUGCACUUUGCGUCCUCUCUUAUUUCUUAUCUUAACACUGUCGAACAAAACUGUAUGAAGAUAUAAACAAGAUUCUGUACUUGAUGCAUUGCUCGUACUGCAAAAAUAAUUUUUUUUAUAUUGUACAUAGAAAACAGUAUUAAUUUGUUACUUAAUUUAAACGCAAUUAUUCUUUUCGUUUAGUCUCGCGAUUCGGAGGCUACGAUGAUACUACAUAAAAAAUUUUUUGUUGAGAGCAUAAAUUUUAAUGCGCCAUUUAAAAAAUGAAUAGUUUAUCAGAAGUAAUCGGUAACCUAUUCGAAAAAUAGCAACCCUCGUCUAACAAAUAUUGGCGCAUGAAAAUUUUGUUUCUCGACCUUUCAACUGUGAAUAUACGUUUAUAUAAAAAAUUUCAGAUUAGUACUUAAACACGAAAAAGAAAAAACAUGUAUGAAAAAAACCCUGUGACUGUAUUGUAAGACAAUACAUAAACGAAAAUUUU